CAUCAUCUCACCUCCACAGAAAGAAUCACAUGAUGGCAGACUCUACAUCAACUUCCGCAACUACAGGAGCUUCAGUUAACGUCAAUGCAUCAGAAGUUUCAUCAAGUUCAAGCAAGAUAGGUACAAAUACCAAUGACAACCGAUUUGUAGAUGAUGAGACACUCGAUCAUAACGAGGAAAAGGGUAGUGGAAAAGAUUUGGAUGAGGACGAGCUCUUUGAAGAACUUGAGAAUGAUGAUUACAAUAUGACAAGCUUUCGUGAGCAAAGAAUCGAAGAGUUAAAGCAGGAAGUGGAAAGAAGGAAACUAAUGAUGGAAUACGAUCAUGGUUCAUAUAAGGAUAUAACAGAUGAAAAAGAAGUCAUGGAUAUCUCAACAAAGACAAAGCACUGUGUCAUUCAUUUUUAUCAUUCAGAUUUCAGACGCUGCAUGAUUGUUGACAAGCAUCUUGAGACGCUUGCAAAGAAGCACAUCAAGACAAAGUUUGUCAAGAUUAAAGUCGAAAACGCGCCUUUCCUCGUGGAAAAACUUCAAGUCAAAGUGCUGCCAUGUAUCAUUGCGUUCACUGAUGGCAUUGCUGUGGACCGCCUUGUUGGGUUCGAUGAGCUUGGAAACACGGAUAAUUUUUCUACAUCGAUGUUGGAGCUUCGAUACAAGACAGCGGGCGUGAUUGAGGAUGAUAGUAAAAAGGAUUCUAAGAAGAUGAAGAAAAAGUCAAUCUUUGGUCGGGAUUAUGGGUCGGACGAAGGAACAGAUGAUGAAUAAUAGUAAUAAUCAUAAUUAUAAUUAUAAUAAUAAAAUACGAAAUUUCAC